UGUUUUAUUUUUGUGGGGAGUCAAAGGCGCAAGGAGAGAUAAGUUCAGUCUGAUUCGUUUACUCAAUAUAACCGGAAGAGUGUUCCAAGCGAAUGCAACUUAAAUACGGCCGGAACUUAAUUUCAAUCCCUGGCUGAUCUUUAAAAUACGGAAUAUGAAAUCCCAAUGUUGGAUUUUUUGGGCUCUUUUUGGUCUAGUUUUGGGUCCUAUUUCCCAGGCAGCCAAAAUACUAGUGCUAUUUCCCCAUGCCAACGAGGGUCACUUUGCUGUAAUGAGGACUCUGGUCACGGAAUUGGUCAGCCGAGAGCACAUAGUUGAAGUCUAUACGGGUCAUGGCUUGGGGGAAGCCCUGGAUAAUGUCACGGAAACGGUGACAGCGGAAUAUCCCUUUUGGAGCGAGUUACAAAAACUGGCUGCACCCAAAGGAAAUCUCGCUGAUCUUGGUCGUCUACCAAUUGAGAGUCUUCGCCAGUCAUUGGCCAGCGUUGGAGCCCGUGCUCUAGAUCACUUCCUUGCCCAAGAACCUAUCCAGAAACUGAUAAAGAUGUCCUACCUUGAGUUCGAUUUUGAUGUCAUCCUAAUAGACUAUUUUUACACGGAGGCUCUGUUGGCAUUGGGAGCUCUUCAUCAACGUCCUGUCGUUGGAAUAAUAUCUACGGAUUUUGGUAACUACAUGGAUGCAGUACAAGAGGCACUGGUUCCUGCCGCCUGUUCCCCCAUUGACUUUGAGAGGGAUUUGCCCCAGUUGGGCUUCACAGAGCGACUCGGCAAUAUCCGGGAGUGUAUUACUCGCAGGAAGCGUUUUAUCAAUGAUCACUACGGCGGUCAGGAACAACUCGUAGCCAAGUACUUUAAGCUGCAACAAUCGAUCUCUGAACUGCAGUCCAGCCAGCUAUCUGUUCUCUUGCUUAAUAGUCAUGUACCUCUAAUUACUCCUAAAGUAAGUAUCCAGCAAAUUGUUUCCGCUGGAGGUUUGCAUAUCCGCGGGCCAAAGGAGCUACCCUGGAAUGUUAAGCGAUUCCUGGAGGAGGCGCGCCCUGGGGUCAUCUACGUGCAGCUGGGAAAUGAACAGCCUUGUGGCCAGUUACCCAAGGACAAACUGGAUACUUUAUUUGCCUUCUUCUCCAGCAGAAAGCAAAACGUGAUCUGGACCUGUCACGAUGUCAAAACUCUGGAAGGUUUGCCCAAGAAUGUAAUGAUCCAGCAUGCAGUGCCGCAGAUUGAUAUCCUGGCACAUCCGAGGGUUAAGUUAUUCCUUACCAAUGGAGACCUUCUGAAUCUGCAAGAAGGCAUAAUGAGGAAUGUUCCCAUUUUGGGAUUGCCUCUUUUCCAACACGAAAGGCGAAAUGUGGAGUUAGCCGUCCGGUUGGGAGUGGGCCUGCAGCUAGAAGAGGGUAAUGUUACUACUAACUCCCUUAACUGGGCAGUUGACAGGUUGCUUCUGGAGACACACUUCCAGUUGACGAUCCGGGAUGUGUCUCAAGAGUUCAGAGAUCGUCCACUUGGCGCUCUGGCCAGUGCUCUUUUCUGGGUGAACUACGUCGCCCGACACAAAGGAGGAUCCGCCUUGAGGACCCGUGGCAUUGGCAUCUCCUCCUGCCAAUUGCACUUAUUUGACCUCUUCGUGUUCUACGCUGGAAUUGCAACUCUUGUGGUAACCUUGCUGGCAGCCCUGAGCUAUGCUAGCAUUUAUGUUUGGAAUAAGAAGAACGGCUCCAAGUUGACCAAAGUUAAUUAAGUUUAUGUGUGUAGGAAGUGCAACUAAAGCAGUUUUUGGUGCUAUGAAUCUGCAUGCCCCAAAAAUAUCAAUGAAGUAAAAGCUGAAACAGCAGAAAGUUUCUAAAAAAAAUAAACAUACAACAAAUAAA